UUUGGGAAGGCUGGGAUGAUUACAUUUCCAUGGGCAGAGCGCGAACACACCACCGGUCCUCGCUGCACAGCCCGAGCCACCAGGACACCAGCAAAUGUGAACUUACAUGAGUCGUCUGUUACAUUGAAAGAUUUGUAAACUGAGGAGCAUCUCUACGUGUUUUUUUCUUCACGGGGAGCCCUCCCCUUUUGUUUCAGCUGCCGUGAAACGGUUGUCACGCAGGCCGCGGACAGGCUCUUGUUGCUGGGAGGAGACCAUCAGACCCGCCGCCCUCGCUGCUAGCAUUAGUAGCUGGCUACAAUGUGUCGCUGCUGCUGUUGUAUUUUCCACACUGCGGGCCACUGUGAAGCGGGGCAGGUCCUUGGUUGAUUGUUUACCCCGAGGAAACUGAAGGGUGACUUGGAAAUCCACCACACCUUUCAAGGAUGGAUGUUGAUUUGUGUGCUGGCGGGGACAGUACCAGGAGAAAAGUGGAUUUGACUGGCGUUGCAGAAGGCACAAUGGAUGUUGUACCAUUGGAGAUGUAUGACUCCGCCAGGGCCAAAAUAGCUGCCAAUCUGCGGUGGCUGUUCGCCAAAGCUUAUGGCAUUGACCAUAUUCCAGAGGACUUAAGGGACCCCUUCUACACAGACCAGUACGACCAGGAACACAUCAAGCCGCCUGUCAUCCGCCUGCUGCUGUCCUGUGAACUCUACUGCCGCGUCUGCUCCCUCAUCCUCAAGACGGAGCAGGCGGCGUCUCUUCAGUCCCACCUGUCUGUCAUCCAGGCUCUGUCGAGGAAGGGAAUUUAUGUUGUAGAAAGUGACGACACGCCUGUCACAGACGAGGACCUGGCAUGUGCGCCCAUCAAAAUGAGCGCUCACAUGCCCAUGAUCGAUGCCCUGAUGAUGGCGUACACGGUGGAGAUGAUCAGCAUCGAGAAAGUGGUGGCUUCUGUCAAACGCUUCUCCACCUUCAGUGCCUCCAAGGAGCUGCCCUUUGACAUGGAGGACGCUAUGGUCUUCUGGAUCAACAAGGUUAAUAUGAAGAUGAGGGAGAUGACAGAAAGGGAGCACAAAGUCAAGCACCACCCUCUCGAGUCCCCCAGCCACCAAAAGGUGCGCUAUCGAAGGGAGCACGCAUCAGGCCGACAGCUGCCCUUCUUCCCACUGCUGGAAGACCUGAUGAGAGAUGUUUGUGACGGAGCCGCAAUGCUCGCCGUGGUCCACUACUACUGCCCAGACCUCAUGAAGCUGGAAGAUAUUUGCCUGAAGGAAGUGCCCUCCAUCGCUGAUAGCCUUUACAACAUUCAGCUACUCAGAGAGUUCGCCAACGAGUAUCUGAAUAAGAGUUUCUAUCUAACCACGGAGGACAUGCUCUACUCACCGCUGGUGCUUAAGCACAAUGUGAUGGUGUUCAUUGCUGAGCUCUUCUGGUGGUUUGAGACGGUCAAGCCGGAGUUUGUCCAGCCUAGAGAUCUCCAAGAGUUCAAAGAUGCUCGAGCUGCAGCUCAGCCUAAGAGUGCCCGUCCAUCAGUGCCUAUUUCCAACGCCACCAAGCGCAGCUUCCUGGUCAGCCCUGGUGCGGCUGAUAACCAGAGCAGCCCUGAAGUCUGUAACAGGUACUUCCUGCACCCAGAAGAAACUGAUCCCCUUAAAGGGGGUCCCACCUUCAGUCCUUCACACCCGCUCCUGCCCCUCAGACAGAGGCAACAGAAGCAGCACGGAGAAGAGGGCACAGGUAACAUUUGUUCAACUUGCCAUAUGAUGUUGACCUGCAGCUGUUUUUAUACUCAUACAUUGUUUUUCUGUUUCUGUUUAGGUCAAAGAAACCGCUCAAACUCUCUGUCUCAAGUGGAUGGACAAGCCCGAGGCUCUGUUGUUGCCUGGCCUGACAAGAGACAGAGACCACUGUCGACAAUGAGUCCCUUCCUUCUACACUCGGCCACAGACAGCGACGCAGACGUGGCAUCCGGUGACAGUGUGAGCCUGGCUCGUACCAUAAGUAAAGACAGUCUGGCAUCCAAUGUCCUCUCUGCCACGCCAAAACACCAGACUCCUGCCCAGCAGCCUCAGCAGCCUCAGCAGGCAGCCAUGCGCAGAGUCAAUGGCCACGGACUCUUGGGGAAUGUCAACAUUGAGGACGAAGAGGAAACUCUAGUGGCAGUCGCCAGGACUGAUAGUUCUGUCGUCUCUAAACGAGUUGAUGGGACACAAGCAGCUGCCCCUGUGGGACACAAACCUCCCACAGAGUCCAAACCUGCAACAGAUAGCUUUUACCUAGAACCGCUGAUGCCUGCCGUGCUCAAAACGGCUAAGGAGAAGUCUGUAUACCUGAACAAGGAGGAGGAAAGUGGUGAGGGACCUCACUCUUCAGGUAGGGGCUCUCUACGGAGAGGAGAUGGAUCUACGUCUGCUGUUCGUAGGAAAGCUCCCUGCAACCUAAACCAAACCUUUCCGCCGCCUGAUGAGGAGGCCGAUCUGUCAGAGGAGCCUCCACAGGAUCAGGAAGGUUUCCGACCUGUUGUUACCAGCAGUGUGGACCCCUCGUCCAGUGAACCUGCAGGGGGCUUCUACCUGCAUUCAGAUUCUGAAGAACCAAAGUGUGGCCCGGGCCUGGACGCUGACCUGGAAGACCUAGAUGAAGAGGAAGAUGACCUGGAUGAAGCUGUUACGACUAAAGACCCAAACUGGCGCAGGAAAGCCUUUAACCAGGAGGAGGAUGAAGAAGAAGAAUCAGCCAAACUCAAAGAUGACAUGAAUGUGAAAGAGCACGAGGACAAAGACAUGAAUGGGGGGAGUGGACGCUCCAGCCCCUGUCUCAGUGGACACUCUCAGGCCAGCAGCAUGGCCAGUGGCAGCGUUCGCAUGACCUCCUUUGCCGAGCGUAAAGCCCAGCAGCAACGCUUCGGCAGCAACCACGACCUGCGCUCCAGUGCCUCUAGUUCCCAGAGGACCACACCGGAUGGAUCAGAGAGCAGCGGGCCCCUGGCGUCCUCCUGGAGGCUGAAGAGGGACCAGAGCCCCUCAUCACCACUGGGAGGAUUCGCUCGAACAGGCGAAGGUAUCGGUGGUCCUAAUGUUCUGGCUUCUGAAAUUGUCCAGCUCCGAAUGCAGCUGGAGGAGAAGCGACGUGCCAUCGAGCACCAGAAGAAGAAGAUGGAGGUGCUGUCUGCGAGGCAGAGGCAGAAGCUGGGAAAGGCAGCCUUCCUGCACAUUGUAAAGAAAGGUGGAGGCAAGAGUGACACGUUACCCAACCCCCUGAAAGCUGACAUCUCUAAAGAUGAGCACGGUGGGGAGAAAGGACCAUUGAGUAAAGACGAUAUGUGUGUGGAAGCCCUGAAGGGGGACAAAGAGGUGGAGGGACCCGCCCCACCAGGUGCCUUAGAAGCAGAAAGGAAAGGGAUCGGUGGAAGCUUCCAUCUAGAAGAAGAGUUGGACCUGAACGAGUGCAGCCGCUCCAUCGAGCUGCUGAACGAGGCCAUCGGCAGCAUCCAGCAGCAGAUGAUGCAGCUGUCCAUGCAGCAGGACAUACUGAUGAAGCAGAAUGUACAGUCCCCCCCUGGUGCAGCUCCCCCUCCUCUCACCGGUGACAAAAACAACGACUCAAAGGCUGGAGGGAGCUACCACUUUGUGGAGCAUGUCUCCAACACAAGCACCCCUCCUGCCAGGAAACCCCCCAAGCUUAGCUCAGGCAGGAGCUCCAGGUCCAAACCAUCAGAGCUUAAAAUUGCCAAGGAGCAGAGCAGGCAGACCUCCAGGACCCUCACCCCCACCCAGAGCGGCUCAGAGACACUACCACAUGCAAGGAUGUUAGCUGGGGGCAGGUCCCCCAGGACAGAGCAGCCUGACAGCCCCAGAACCCCCACAGCAGCAGAGACAAUCGACAGGCCGGGCUCUGGACACAUCCGAAGCGCUAACUUCAGGCUCCGUGAUGAAGCCAACAUACGCCUGCCGACCCGAGUGGACCUGACGGCCUUAGCUCCCCAAGAACAGUCCUUUGACGAGUGCCUGUCCAGCAACCAGAGGGAGUCUGAGCUCAGCUCUUCAGGAGGUUCAGGGAGAGAGGCCAUAACAGUAGAGGAGGCACAGCGCAGCAAAGGCAGCCUGAUCGAGGUCGACCUGUCAGGGCUGAAAAAUCCUGACGAAGAGGAGGCUACUGAGGACAGAACGACAGAAGGAGAGGAUGGAGAGCAGAAGUCAGUCCUGGGCUUUUUCUUCAAGGAUGAGCAGAAGGCCGAGGAUGAACUCGCUAAGAAGAGAGCAGCAUUCCUGCUGAAGCAGCAGAAGAAAGCUGAAGAGGCCCGAGUCCGUAAACAACAGCUGGAGGCAGAGUCUGAGCUCAAACGAGACGAGGCCAGACGGAAGGCAGAGGAGGACCGCCUGCGUAAAGAGGAGGAGAAGACGAGGCGGGAACUGAUAAAACAGGAGUAUCUGCGCAGGAAGCAGCAGGAGAUGUUUGAAGAGCAAGGCCUGGUGAAGCCAAAGACUCCCAAACCGAAGCAGAAACACAGACCCAAGUCCGUCUUCAGAGAGGAGUCCUCCAGCGACAAUUUCUCCAAGUGCCCUUCCACACCCGACAACCUGAGCAAUGCUCAGUCAGGCUCCAGUCUAUCCCUGGCUUCUGCUGCGACCAACGAGGCCGACAGCGUCAACUCUGGAGGGGCCGGAUCCCAGCGCUGUGACUCUGUUGAGUCGUUUCCAGGCAGCCGUAACAACAGCCGGACUGCAGAGAGAGACUGGGACAACGGCUCCACUGCAUCCUCCAUCACCUCCAUGGCCGAGUAUACUGGUCCCAAACUUUUCAAGGAGCCCAGUGCCAAGUCGAACAAGCCAAUCAUCCACAAUGCAAUCUCUCACUGCUGCCUGGCUGGAAAAGUCAACGAGCCGCAGAAGAACCAGAUCCUGGAGGAGUUAGAGAAGUGUGAGUCCAACCACCUGAUGAUCCUGUUUCGAGAUGGUGGCUGCCAGUUCCGGGCGCUCUACUCUUACUUCCCCGACACCGAGGAGAUCCAGAAGCUGACGGGAACCGGACCCAAGAGCAUCAGCAAGAAGAUGAUCGACAAGCUGUACAAGUACAGCUCGGACCGAAAGCAAUUCACCGUCAUCCCUGCCAAGACUGUGUCCGUCAGUGUGGACGCUCUGACCAUCCACAACCACUUGUGGCAGGCCAAGAGAGGCACUGUGCCAAAGAAAAGUGGGAAAUAACAGGCUGGUUUGAAACCCUCUUAUCAUCCGGAUCAUAUUCUCCUCAUCUUGCUUGUUUCCUGAAUAGACUGCAUCGAUGCCCACAGACAAGCUCAACGCCCUGCUCAGCUUGAGAACCCAGGCCACAGAUUUUUGGACAUGUGGUCACCUGAAUCAAGGCUUGAUUAAGGCAAGAAACGAGAGGAAAGGUAUGUGUGCGUGUGUCUGUGUGAGUGUCAGCGGUGGUCUGAGGGAACGGUGCUUGCUCCAAAAAGAGGAAUGCCGGCUGACUUUGCUUCUUCUUCUUCCUGUGAUCUCAGUGUGAUCUGUUCAGGUUGCUUCCAGUCCAGCUCCGAUUUUUCUUUUUUUACCAUGACCACGACUCGAGCAUGUGGCAUUCUUUCUCUCUCUCAUACGUGGUGGAUGUUCAUUUUUUACAUGAAGUAUUUAUUAGUUCAGCACUGUCAUGGUCGAGAGCUCAGCUGCAGCACUUAACUCCUUUGAACUCUCUGGAAACACCUCUCCUUUAUCGGACGGAUUGGGACUAAAGGAGAGGGACAUCCGGGGGAAUCUGUCGCGGAACAAUCCAAAAGCAAAGGGACCUUUGUUACAACCCUUAAGGACAACAAAAACAACAAUCUUCUUCCUGCGUGGACCGUCAAAUCAGGCUGGCAUUACCGAGUUUGCCUCACCAGGGAUCUUGCUGCUCUGAACUGUCGUCUUCUUUUGUCACGGGGAGGCUGCUCGGGUCUCCCUCGGACAUCUUUUGGCCUUUCACGCAUCGUGGUACUAUCGUCUAUUUAUUCAACCGCUUUUUAAACGCUGAUCGUGUAGCACUGGAUAUGUGUAUAGCAAAAAAAAAAACAACAAAAGAAAAAAAAUCUUAAGGAUUAUUUUGAAAUCUUUUAUUUGUUGGGUCAUCCUUUUUCUGGAGGGUGCUAAAAGAGGGUCAAUGAUAGGUUUUGGUACAAAAAUGAUGCUUCUCUUGUUUCUUUUAGCGUUUUAUUUUUAUGAUUAAAGCAAUGUGAUCUAGAGUUUGAGCUGAUGUUAUGUGUUUUCAUCAUAACGAGAAUUCUCUGAUGUUUAGAGCUUAGCUGUGUUUCUCUCCACUGGGCACUCUUGAAUUGUCCUGUAUAAAGGUGCACUCAUGAACACUUGUCGGCGGCUUCUGUCAUGCAAUGUAAACCUCCCUCCUCCUCCUCUCCCUCUUUGCUCCUCCUCCUCCUCCUCCAGUGUUUUGUCAGCCUGUCCCAUCUUUAACCACGUGAGCAGCACACACACAGACAUACGCACACUCUUGUUGUGAAGAGUGUCUCCGUGCUGCGCUGUAACCGGUCCCAAUGACAGUAUUUGAUAUAUUCACAAAGGGGGUUUGUGUGUGUGGUUCGAUUAUGUUCCAACAUUAAAGAACAUUCCUCCAAGGUGUGGACAAACACUGCCACGUCGUCGUCGUCUCUCUUCUCUCUUCUCUCUGUCUCUUCAAAGUGCUUUUUAAAAACCGUUUGUUGGCCUGGAGAACAACCAGAAGUGUUGCACGAGCACUUUACUUUCUGUUUGUUUGGGGAAUUUGACCUUUUUUUCAACGGGCAUCAAAACCAAUCAGUAACACUGCUGUAGUGCACUCCGUUAAUCGUGGAAACUAAACCAAACGCUAAGAUUGAAAACUGAUCUGAUACUACUGCUGUCUCCAAAAACAAACAGAAUACUUGAUUUCUCAUUUGCUGCAUUGUGACUUGUUUUUGGGUGGCAGAUCUUUAAUUGUAUGUGUGUGUAUUUUUAUGUUCACUAAAAGAUUGUAUCGGCAUUUGGUCACCAUUUUUGUUACACUAGUGUACUUUUCAUCUUGUUGAUUUUUAUCUUUGAUCCCAUGCCAUCUAUUUAUUUUACAAAUGGAAGCACUGAAACAGAAUAAAUUUUCAAGUGAAUAAAAGUCACAUUUCAUUUUA